AUUAAAUAAUAAUAAAAAUAAUAAUUGACUUUGCGACUUUAAUAAAGCCUUUUUGUUAUAAUAUCAUCACAAAGGUUUUCCUUGAGAAUCACAGAGAAAAAUAAGAAAAGUAUAAUGUCAAACAAUGACCAGCAAAAUCGAGUGCGUGGGCCUACUUCAGCUCUAAGUAGUUUUUUAAGAGAGCACGGCAUUCGAGUAGAGAAUCGUAGUAGAAGAGAAAGAAGAGAAGAUCUAGCAAGACAACAAGCUGAGGAAGCGUCUAAUGAAGAGACACCAGACACUGUACAAGAUACAGUCACGACUACUGUAGACACACCUUCGACUACUGUGGAGGCACCCCACCAGGAAGAAGAGACUACCGCAGUACUCUAUGCACCCAGAACACGUCGGACACUAGCUGCGGCCAAUAGAGCAUUGGUUGAAGCGGCAAAUGAAAAAGCGAAUAAUGGGAAGAAGAAGCCGGAGGAUGAUAAACCGGAUCCUGGGAUUGGGUCGUCCUUUAGAGCACCCAAAGGUCGAACUCGAAUUUUCUUUUGUUCAAAAUGCAACAAGAGAUUUGCUCGUAUCGCCAGCCUUGUUGAUGUCGGAGACGAAAACAUAUGUCCCUCGUGUCUAGAUAACAAUGGACCAAAGGAGCCUCCGAAACCCAAGAAACGAAAAAUAGGAUCCAAACGUCAAUCUCAAAAUAAAGCGGGCUUUAAUGAUGUACCCAGUCUACAAGACAUUUGUACCGAUACUAUUGCAGAACACAUAGACUGUGUAGAAGCUUUGGGUGAUAUCAGUACGAUCAAUAUGGACAAAAUUGCUACAAUUAUUUCCCGUAAUCGAAAGAUGGACACCCGCACGGCGCAACUCUUUAUGAAUCCGCUCCGCCGCGAAUUGACUCUGACAGACUGUACAGCCAUCGACAAGAAUGGAUUGAUUAAUAUUGCACAGUUCUGUCCUCACUUGGAGAAACUGACUUUGACUUACUGUGGCAGAAUGACGGAUGAGGUCAUUAAUGCUUAUGCAACACGCUUGAAAAAUCUCAAAUCUAUCGAACUUUCUGGCCCGUAUUUGGUCACUGAUAAAGGCUGGGAAUCCUUUUUCGGUGCCAUUGGUUCUCAAUUGAAUACGUUUGCCAUUCGACACUCCAUGCGAUUCACCCAGGCAUCAAUGAAAGCUCUUGUUGGGGCAGCGAAGAACCUCAAACACCUUCGCCUUUCCCGUCUCUCUCGUCUUGAUGACGAUGGAGUCGAAUUAAUAUGCCGCCUAAAACCUCUUGAGACAUUAGAAAUAUCUUGGCCUGGAUGUAAAAUAUCGUCGUCUAUCUUGGCCAAAAUCUUGGAACAUCACACCACCUUGAAGGAACUGUGUCUGGACGGAUGUACCAGUGUAGAUGACACAGUUGUAGAGGCGAUUCAGCUUUACUGCCCUCACCUCGAAAAGCUUUCUUUGUCAGAGUGCAACGAGAUAACUUCAGAGGCUAUUCAAACACUGUUUGAGGAGUGGAAGACACCGUACCCAGGAAGAGGACUGACUUAUCUAAACAUCUCUCGGUGUUUGUCUACCCAAGACGAAGCUCUUAUUGCGAUCAUAAACCACUCGAAAAACACUCUUAAACACCUCAAUAUCCACAGCCUGGAUGAUCUGACUCCACUUGUGCUGGAGCGCCUAGGCGUGUGUAAAGAACUCACGACACUUGAUUGUGGGUUUGUGCGGUCUAUGGAUGAUUGUGUAAUGGGUUGCCUAGCAAUUGAAUGCCCAAAGCUGAAAGAUAUUGAAGUCUGGGGAUGCCAUCAGAUAACAAGUACAAUGUCUUGAUUUCCUUAUAUAUAUAUAUCGAAGCUUCACGAUGAAUAAAUUCUUUAUUCAAGACAGCAUGCGCAGACAUACAUAUAUAUAUGUAUAUAUAUUCUUUGUCUUAUUUUUCACGAAUACAUUUUAGCUUGUUUCAUUUAAAGAUAAUAAAUCACCUGAGAAUAUCUUUACAACAUAUGUAUGUAUGUAUGUAUGUAUGUAUAUUGGAUUACAACCAUUC